AUGGCCGAGGCACAGCUGUUUGAGACAGAUGGCAAUGAGAAGUUAUUUCCCUGUGAAGUCUGUGGAAGAUGCUUUGCAGCAGAUGUUCUGGAAAGACAUGGACCAAUAUGUAGAAAACUCUUCAACAAAAGGCGCAAGACUUUCAGUUCCUUAAAGCAAAGAUUGCAGGGAACAGAUAUUCCCUCCUUGAGUAAGGCUCUUCAGCUCAAGUCUCUGCCUGUGAGGAAAUCGAACUGGAGACAACAGCACGAGGACUUCAUCAAUGCAAUUCAAGCAGCAAAGCAGUGCACUUUAGCUGUUAAAGAAGGCCGGCCUCUUCCACCUCCACCCGCUGCAGCCAUCAGCCCAGAUUAUGUUCAAUGUCUGUAUUGUAUGAGGAGGUUUAAUGAAACUGCUGCCCAGAGACAUAUUAAUUUCUGCAAGGAUCAGUGUUCUUGGCAUGUCUUCAAUCCAGUCCAAACAGCAGCCAGAUUGGCAUCCACAGCUCAGGGCGAGGCCCAGGCAAGUCCCCCAAAAGAACUAACUGUGACCAGUGCCGUGGGGACUCUGCUCCAGAACAGGGCCCUGGAAGCCAUAAAAGAAGUCCCAACCAAGCCAGGGAAAAAGAUGAAAACAAAAGAUGUGACACUACUGUUUAAAUCCUCUGGCGACCACAUCAGCAUAGGAGAUAACAUCAACGGGGAAGGCACGAUGCUAAUGGUUACCACCUCUUAG